CCCCCUUCCCCAUCCCCGCCGCCUUUCCUUCGGCCCGCGGCCCGACGGGGAGGGAGCCCGCGGCUGCGGGGCAGGAGUUCAGUGCCCGGGAACGAGCGAGGCAGGGAGGCCGGCCGGCCGCCAGCAUGGCCAACGCGGGGCUGCAGCUGCUGGGCUUCAUCCUGGCCUUCCUGGGCUGGAUCGGGACCAUCGUGAGCACCGCCAUGCCUCAGUGGAAGAUCUCCUCCUACGCGGGGGACAACAUCGUGACGGCCCAGGCCAUCUACGAGGGCCUCUGGAUGUCGUGCGUGUCCCAGAGCACGGGCCAGAUCCAGUGCAAGGUGUUCGACUCGCUGCUCAACCUGAGCAGUACCCUUCAGGCCACCCGCGCUUUGAUGGUCAUCGGAAUCAUCGUGGGACUGAUUGCCAUCUUUGUGGCAACGGUGGGCAUGAAAUGUAUGAAGUGCUUGGAAGAUGAUGAGGUGCAAAAGAUGCGAAUGGCCGUCUUUGGGGGAGUGAUCUUCCUUGUUUCAGGUCUGGCUGUCUUGAUUGCCACAGCAUGGUAUGGAAAUAGAGUUGCUCGAGAGUUCUAUGACCCCAUGACACCAGUCAAUUCUAGGUAUGAGUUUGGGCAGGCUCUCUUCGUCGGCUGGGCCGCAGCUUCCCUGUGCCUGCUGGGAGGUGCCCUCCUUUGCUGCUCCUGUCCCAAGAAAACAACCUCUUACCCAACUCCUCGCCCGUACCCGAAGACCACACCCUCCAGUGGAAAGGACUAUGUGUAACAGAAAGAAAGAGCACACAGUGGCUUGAGAAGAAAAAAAAAAGGACUUAAAUACUGUUUUUUGUUGUUUUUUCAUUUUUUUAAAAAAAAUCAUGAGGCGCUCAGACCUCCUGACUAUGAUAUUCUACAUUUUUGUAUUAAAAAUGUAUUUUUUUUGUAAUUUCCAUACCUUCCUUCAUAGCCUACCCCUAAUAAGAAAUCUGGAAUUCUGAUUCUCUAACUCAUGUAAUCCUGGAGCUUUGGUGUUUCUCUGUUGGCUACCCACCCAGGGGAAGCAAACUCAAAGGGAAAACUACUUCAUUUUGUAAAAAAAAUAAAAUAAAAUAAAAAUAAAAAUUCAUUUAAAUUACAAAAACGAAA